AUGAUGGCUUCAGCCUCUGAUAUGUCUACGGACGAGUCGGACUCCAUGUUCUCGGAUGUUUCGCCAGCUCCCCCGAGCCGUCUUCACGCUGUCGAGAUAAUCGAGAUCGAGAGCAGUGACGAUGACGAGUACAGGAGAAACGACGAGAGGCGCGGUGUAGGCUCGGAGGAAGGGGACUCCGACGAGCGGGACUCGGAGAUCGUGACCGAUAGCGAGUUUGAGGCUCGGCCUGGCUACGGAAACGACAUCUCAAUGGAAGAAGAUGAAGACGAGGAGGAUAAUGACGAUGAUGGCGAUGAGGAUGAAGAGGAUGACGAGGAAGAAGAUGGAGAAGACCAAGAAGAGGACGUUUGGAAACCAAAUGGGACUCACCACAAUGGGCUCAACGGCACAGCGCCAGAACCUGUCCGGAUUUCCCAUCCAUCCAAAAAUCAAACAGAAACUAUUACCCUCUCCUCUAGCCCCGAGUCACCCCUCCUCCUCCCAACAGAAGUAAAGGACGCCCUCCACCCGCUACAGCACACUGCGGAUCGCGUGGUCAAACAGAUCGAAACAUAUGCGCAGAAUUUAGACAACUUUAGGCGACAGGGUCUUCGCCCUGGCGACACACAGGCAUUCCGUGAGGCCUGUAAGCUAGUAAAGAAGUACCAACAGAUAGCCGAAGACACGGCGAAAGAGUUAUCCCAACCCACCGGAGCCAGAAAAUCGAUUAGGUCGUCGACCAUACUAAAUCUCAGCCAGAGUUAUAAGCCGAAUCAAUCUGCUAACAAGGAUGAAGAGAGCGGUAUAAGGCGGUGGCAAUUGGAGGCAGACACCUGGGGUCUGGUUUUACAUCUUCUUACGGUAGGCGAUCCGGAAUCGCGCAUCAAAUCACAGGAUAAUCAGAACUUCGCGUUGCAAUCCCUCCAUCGAUACUCGACGGACCACGAUAUCUGGCAGGCUUUCUUGAAGUCGGACCAUUUCGCGUUGGAAAAUGCAGUCAUGCUCAAGUGGCUUGAAAACACGGCAAAGGCAGGCAUCGAGGUUAUGGAUUCAACGAUUUCAAAAUUGGAAAUGGAUGCAAACAGAGGCGAGGGUCUAUGGGCACACGGAUGGCUAUAUACUAAGGAGGCAAUCAAAGGUGCCAAAAGGUUGCGCUCAUGGCCUCAACCUCUCGAACCGGAUGACCCUAGCAUUACCGCUUCCCUCCUAAGCUCAACUCAUAACGAACCCCUCAUCACCCAGCUUGAUCCAGAUGCGGUUACACGACAAGGCCUUGGUCUACAGAAACAAGAUCAAUAUUUUGAAGAAGCGACAUGGCUGGAAUGCUGGAAGAUGAUAAGGACUGGUAAGGACUGGAUCUCUAUUCGUGAAUGGGCCAAGGAACGCCUUGAAAGUUGGCGGGCGAUUAGCUUGUGUGGUUCCGCCGGGGACCCGUCUUCGCCCACCGAUGACCCAUCACGUUCCAGCCUUCUUCGAAUGAUGAAUUACCGAUCCCAAGAAUCUUGGAGAGCUGCCUGCUCAGUUCUUGCAAAUAGCCCAAACUCCAAUCGCUAUGAGCGAGCCGUUUAUGCUCUGAUAUCCGGUGAAACUGGGCCCGCAUACGAAGUUUGUCAAAGCUGGAGUGAUUUCAUUUAUGUCAACUGCAACCAUAUUCUGCUUUCCCGAUACCGAGAUUUCUGUAAACAGUUUCAGCGGAAAUUAAGCUAUGCUCCGACCGGCAAGGUGGACCUACACGUUGACCCACCGCAGUAUGAGAGUAUACGCAACUUCCUGGACACAUUGGUGAAAGAUCCACGGACAGCAAAGGAGUCCAAAAACCCAUAUUGUACCAUUCAAGCCGCGAUAUUGGGUCAGAACUAUGACCAAUUCUUCAACCGUCAGGCAAAUGCCCUGGCUAAAGUGGCCAAAGACAGCGGAGAGCCAACUCUUAUCCCUGAUGUCGGUUCUAUGAUCUCGUUUGACCAACCAACUUUGAUUGCUGCGAAGGAUAACGACGCUCUACGACUUACGGCGCAUUUAUAUCUGAUUUUGCGGGCUGUUGGUUUAGUUCGCUCUGAUUCACAUUACUCUGCUACUGCCUCCAUCAAUGUGAUAAGGUAUAUCGACUUCCUACGGGAAUCAGGAGCUACCCGAGAUAUCCCACUAUAUGCCUCGCUUCUCCCCAAGGAUAUGGGCAAUGAAGUCCUUGGGAAGGUUCUAAUCAACGUGACUGACUCAUCUGAACGAGAAUCUCAUAUUCAAAUGAUGAAACGCCUGAAAAUGGAUAGUGCCGCUAUGAUCCAAAGUCAAUGGCGAUGGGUUCUUAAGGAGGCAGAUGAGAUGGAAGAUGAGGCGCCAAUUAGGCUUAUGAGGACGGUUACAACUGGUGGAGACAGUCCAGGAAGGAUUGGGCACAUCAUGAAGAGGUUCAUCUCUAGAUUUGCCGUCUCACCGGAAGAUGAGAAACUGAUUCGUUGUAUCGACUGGCAUCGGUACAUUGGUGGUCAAUGGUCAAGGAUAUGCAUUCUUGGAAACCACCUUUACAAGCGGUUCAUCACUGCUGGCAAAAUAUCUACUGCCCGAGAACUGUUCAAACGGACAAAGCUACACCAGACCCUGGUCGACAUGACUGCCCGGGGACAUGGACCGCUCAUGGAACCAAUCCAGCUGAAUGAAAAUGGCGUUACCAGCCCUACCAUGGACGCCACGCCCGAGCAGCAGAAAUCAAAACAACCCGAAAACAAGCUCACCCGUGAGCAGCUUGUGAUGCAGGCAGAAACCAUGCAUGAACUUGAACAGCUCAUACAGGUCUUUGAUGCCAUUGAGAAGUGGGGUGAUUUGAUGGACGACUACACAAAUUGCUCAGAGGCCUCUAAGAAGCCGGCGAUAAAGACAAAACUCCAUUCCGCCCUGGAUGCGAUUACCCGUACCAUAGAACCACUCUGUACAGAAUGGCUCAUUCAGCCUAUAGAUGCUGCCGAGGCCAAAGAACUAGAAUUCAUACGAUCAACCUACCUCCCUGAAGUCAUCCUAGCAUACCACACGGCGCUCUAUUAUGCAGGACAUAUACUUGGCCGUGAAAUCUUAGCUCAAUGCAUGACCCUUGCAACAGUUGUUUCGUCAUCCGCGACCUUAACCGAAAGCUUCAUGGCCUCUGGUCGGAUGCGCGAGCUGGUCGAUGCCCUCACCCUGUCUAGCUUUGCUAUGAUGGGGACAGGGGAGUCGAAAUUGAAGCGGAAGCUACCCAACGGAGGAACCAAUGAUAUCUGGAAGAUCAAACCACUGAAGAUCGACGAGCAUGAAGAGAGCGAGACCCAUGACGACAAGAAAGUCAAACUAAAUGGCGCCGAGAAGAGUAUUGAUGUCAACCAUGUAAUUUCAACCUCAACCGCGGUGCCUGUGGUCUAG